CAAGAUGCACACGUAGCAAGACAGUCCCAAUGUUGGGCGAAAAUUGUGGUAGGUAAGUGGUGUUCUGAUCGGCUUUAGGUUCCCAGCCUUGCAUUUUUACGAGGGAUUCCAUUUGUCCUCUUUGUUCCUGUGCGGGCACGGAGGAAAAGAAAACAGCAUGUUUAGCUGUUCACGUGCAGUUGCGGAAUGUCACGGAGAAAGCCGGGUCCUGACUCAUGUGUAGGAAGCCGCUAGGAGAAUGAGUGGAUUAACUUUCAGGUCAGCAAAGGGCCAUUGGAUGACAAACCUCAGCCGGCCACGUUCUCAAGGACCUACUGAGUUAUUUGUGCCACCAAGCCCUCCUUUGGACCCUGAAAAGAUCAAAGAGUUACAGCGCUUCAUUACCCUUUCCAAGAAGCUUGUAGUGAUGACAGGUGCAGGAAUCUCCACCGAGUCUGGGAUUCCAGACUACAGGUCUGAAAAGGUGGGUCUCUACGCCCGCACUGACCGGAGACCCAUCCAACACAUUGAUUUCAUCCGCAGUGCUCCAGUCCGCCAGCGGUACUGGGCCAGAAACUUUGUGGGCUGGCCUCAGUUCUCCUCUCACCAACCCAACCCUGCACACUGGGCCUUGAGCAACUGGGAGAAGCUUGGGAAGCUGCACUGGUUGGUGACACAGAAUGUCGAUGCGCUGCACUCCAAGGCGGGGAAUCGGCGGCUGACAGAGCUCCAUGGAUGCAUGCACAGAGUCCUGUGCUUGAAAUGUGGGGAACAGACUCCCCGCAGGGUGCUGCAGGACCGCUUCCAAGUCCUGAACCCCAGCUGGAGCGCUGAGGCGCAGGGUGUGGCCCCGGACGGUGAUGUGUUCCUCACGGAGGAGCAGGUCCGGAGCUUUCAGGUCCCGUCCUGUGAUCGCUGCGGUGGCCCUCUGAAACCAGAUGUCGUUUUCUUUGGGGACACAGUGAAGCCAGACAAGGUUGACUUUGUGCACAGGCGUGUGAAAGAGGCUGAUUCCCUGCUGGUGGUUGGAUCGUCCCUGCAGGUGUACUCUGGCUACAGGUUCAUCCUCACUGCCUGGGAGAAGAAGCUCCCAAUCGCCAUCCUGAACAUUGGACCCACUAGGUCGGAUGACUUGGCUUGCUUGAAGCUGGAUUCCCGCUGUGGAGAGUUACUGCCCUUAAUAGACCCACAGUGACCGAGGUCUGGUGCUCAGAAGCUGCAAAUGGACUGUUCCCAUUGAGCCCUGUUGCUAAAGAUCCCUAAGGAUUCUUCCCUGACCUUCAGGCUAAUGGAAGCUGAUGGGUUUCAUCCUAUAGAGGGCGACAAAGCAGUGUCUACAGCCAGUCCCCUGCUGCAUGGUGCUGUUUACAGACCAGCCGUCAGCAUCCAUGAGCUGGGUCCCUGAGAGCUGCCAUCCUCCACAAGAAAGGCUUUUUCAAGAGGAGCUGCUCUUUUUUUUUUUUUUUUUUUUUUUUUUUG